CAAAGUUAAUAAAAGUUUCACCGAAAAGCUCGCUUACCAGUUUAUAGUACUCCCAUUCACCGUACCGUCCUUGCGAAAGGAUCAGCGAUUUUCAUGUGGUUAGGUGGUACCUAAGAAGGAGGUCAGCAGGAGAGCAGUUCGUCAGCGCCAGCAGUUCAGUACUUGCAGCCGUUGGAACUUUAAAGUUUAAAGAGCAUAUUUUUGGAGCUUUUUACGGUUAACCGUUUCGUGUUAUAGUAGUAGUGCCGGUUUUAAGUUUUCGCUUAUUUUUUUAACGCUUGUUUUAAUAAGUUUGAGAAAAAGUGCGCCAAAAUGGGGGUCGGAAUUCAGAUGAUGAAAACUGUUCUGUUUAUAUUUAACAUAUUUUUGACGCUAUCCGGAAUAGGAAUUAUCAUCGCAGGAGCCUUGAUCUUGACAGAAAUGGCAGAUUUCAACAGGAUAGCUGAAAGUGAUCUAGUUAAAAUGGCUAUAGCAAUGAUAGUGGGUGGUGCUAUAGUUACCAUCGUAGCUUUCGUUGGAUGCCUUGGCGCCAUGAGGGAAUCUUAUACACUUCUAAUGGCGUUUGCUGGCCUUCUAGUCGCCAUCUUCAUCAUGGAACUGACAGUUGGUAUAUGCGCUGCUGUAUUCAAGACAGACUACAAAGUAGCCUUCAAAGAAUCUCUCUCGGAAUCCCUACAUCACGUGUUAUCUUCUAGAGGAGUUAGAGGAGAUAAUAACUAUUACGACGUUUCGGUAAGCAGGGACCGUAAUGUCGGAGCAGGAGGUACUUAUGGUACCGCAUACGAUGCUAUUGAUGGUCGAGACAAGAACUACUGGGACGUCUUACAAAGACAAUUUAAAUGUUGUGGUGUUGAUGGUCCAAAAGAUUGGCCCGACAAAAUCAGACCAAUUUCUUGCUGCUUGGACAAGUUCUGUUGGGGAGACACCGCCGUAUACCAUCAAGUCGGUUGCUACGACACUUUGGUUGAGAAAAUCCAUGCCAGUACUACCGUUCUGGUAUAUGUUGGAGUUGGAAUCGCAUUCGUAGAGAUUUUAGGCAUAUUCUUAACGUGCUGGUGGCUAACGCCAUUCAAAGUGAAGAGGACGAAGUCAUCAAGAUUCACAAUGGCAGAGAUUUGCAAGGACACUCUGAAUCAUAAUCAAAAUUGUUAGACGAGUUUUUUAAGUUAAUUUAUACCAAAAAAAUGUUAGAUGUUCUGUGAGUGAACGAUUUUUUAAAGUUUUAUCCAAAUUAAAGGUGGAAAGGAUAUAUAUGAGCAGGAAGUAUUAUAACGUUCGAAUUUUAUCGAAAAUGGACGAUUAUUUGGAGGAAAAUAUUUUUUUCCUUUUUGUUAAAUCGAAUAAUGUGUUCAUCGAAUAAAGGUUUUCAUCUACAUCACACUAGCCAUCUCGAAAUGAACAGUAUUCUUUGUUAUUUAAAAUCGAAAGCAUAGUUUAUCAAUUUUUUUUAAUUAAACAUAUUAUUGUUAAUCGUUGAAACAAAAAAAAUAACUAUUGACUAGUUGACCAGCAUAAUGUCUCUAUAAAAAUAUUUAUUUUUCAAGUUAUUGCUUAUUGUAGAUAAACAAUGCUUUGAACGUCAACUUUUUUCUUGUCAUUUUUUUUUAAAUACUCUUUAUUGUCAUCACAAAAAAGCAAUAUUAUAAGCAAUAUUUCUAAUUAUUUUUUGGAUUAGAAACUGUUAAAACAAACAUUAGCCAUAUUCCAUUUGUAUUACAUUAGGUUUUAGAAUAAGAAAUCAUCUUACCUUUUAAGUUACCACGUAGUCGUUAAGAACGAAUAUCUUUAUAUUGUUUUAAACAAAUAAUACUAAUAUAGUUCUAACUUGUUUUUGUACAAAUUAUUUAGAUGUGAUCAUUACAAGUGCUAAAUAAAAUAUAUAUUUAUGUAUGUUUUAUGUAAUUUAAUUGAUUAAGAUUUUAGUAUAUUAAUUGUUAUAUCAGAAAAUACGUCCGUUGGCAAUACAGUUAAUUAUUCCGUAGUUUAAGGUAAUAUUGUAAAUAUUAUAUUUGGCCGUACUUUUUUUUAAAUAAAAAUUGAAUA